CCUCUAUAUAAGGGCCGGUAAGCUUGCAUUGUAAUCUCAUCUCAUCCUCAACCCACUCAUACACACCCACAUAGCUAGAUAAGAAGAAGAUAAGAUAUGGAGGGUUUCAUGCGUAUGUUUUCAACUUUCUUCGUCGCUAUCCUGCUCCUGGUGGCUACUGGGAUGGGGCCGAAUGCAAUGGUCGCUGAGGCCAGAACUUGUGAGACUCUGAGCCACAAGUUCAAGGGAACUUGCGUGAGAGAGAGCAACUGCGCAUCUGUUUGCCAAACUGAGGGCUUCAGUGGAGGCGACUGCCGUGGUCUUCGCCGCAGAUGCUUCUGCACCAAACAUUGUUAAUGAGUAAUAUAUUAGUAGUAUAAGUCAUCACUCUCGGGUAGCUAGAUCUGUUGGGAGGACUGAUCCAUCGGUCAGUCGACGUACCGCACGUACGUGUUUAGAAUAAAUGGUGUUUUAAGUUUGAUGAUCUAUAUGUUACCUGGAUUUGUGUAUGAUUGUAAUGCUGCGUAUUUAUAUUGCAGUUUUUUCUUCUUAAGGUC